GGGGCACUAGGCCCCGAGUCCAACAUCUGGCCCGGGCACCAUGAACAGGCGCAGCCUCCCUUUCCCCCUGAACUGUCAGCUGGUGAGGGUCGGAACUGCUGAUUAUGGAGGAGGUGCCGCGGAUCAGAGUGACCAGCAGCUGGACUGUGCCUUGGACUUAAUGAGGCGCCUGCCUCCUCAGCAAAUUGAGAAAAACCUCAGUGACCUGAUUGACCUGGUCCCUAGUCUGUGUGAAGAUCUCCUGUCUUCUGUUGACCAGCCACUGAAAAUCGCCAGAGACAAGGUGGUGGGGAAGGAUUACCUGCUGUGUGACUACAACAGAGAUGGCGACUCCUACCGGUCACCGUGGAGUAACAAGUAUGACCCUCCGCUGGAAGACGGCGCCAUGCCUUCCGCGCGACUGAGAAAGCUGGAGGUGGAGGCCAACAACGCCUUCGACCAGUAUCGAGACCUGUAUUUUGAAGGCGGCGUCUCAUCUGUCUACCUCUGGGAUCUGGAUCAUGGCUUUGCGGGAGUGAUCCUCAUAAAGAAGGCUGGAGAUGGAUCAAAGAAGAUCAAAGGCUGCUGGGAUUCCAUCCACGUGGUGGAAGUGCAGGAGAAAUCCAGUGGCCGCACUGCCCACUACAAACUGACCUCCACAGUGAUGCUGUGGCUGCAGACCAACAAAUCUGGCUCGGGCACCAUGAACCUCGGCGGCAGCCUUACCAGACAGAUGGAGAAGGAUGAAACUGUGAGCGACUGCUCCCCACACAUAGCCAACAUCGGGCGUCUGGUAGAGGACAUGGAGAAUAAAAUCAGGAGUACGCUGAAUGAGAUCUACUUCGGGAAAACAAAGGAUAUCGUCAAUGGGCUGAGAUCUGUUGACGUUAUCCCCGACAACCCCAAGUUUCAGCAGUUGCAGAGGGAGCUUUCCCAAGUGCUGACCCAGCGCCAGAUCCACAUCCAGCCUGAUAAUUAGCCGGCCCAGGUCUGUGCAGACUUUCGCUGACAAAUCAAAACAAGAAGCUCUCAAGAACGACCUGGUGGAGGCUUUGAAGAGAAAGCAGCAGUGUUAAACCUCUGCUUCCCGCUAACCGGACACCAUGCACUCGUUAGAGUCCUUUCUUAGAAACUCGUUUUCUGCUCCCUUCCCUCGCCCCCGCUCUCCCCACAGGUCACGUAACAGCUCGCAUCACGACGCAUAGCGCCUUGGCUCCCGAAUAAAGCCUGAGCACCCUCCUGUCUCUGAGGCCCUCCUCGCCACCACGUUCGCGCUCGAGGCGCGCGGUUUCCGCAGAGACCAUGUGGUUUUCGUUUGCCUCCCGUCCCUCCCCGGCCCCAUUUCUAGGCAUAAAAGCACCGUCUGCCGCCCCUCCCCGCUCCCGCCUUUUUGUUACAUUGGUGUAAAAAAUGUAAAACAAAAAAUUUUAUGAACUGUGGUGUGUGAAAGAUAGAAGAAAAAACUGGAAAUCUGAUUCCAUGUGUGCUUGGGAGUUGCUUGGGGCUGGGGGGCUGUGGGGGGCGGGGGCAGCUCUGGAGCAGGGAGGCCCUCAGCAUCGUCCCGCACGCACUGGCCCUUGUCCCACGGAGACCACGCGGGGGGCGGGUGGGGGGCGGGGACCUGCCGACCGUUCUGCUCUUCUGGCCAGGUGCUUUUCUGUCAAUUUUUAUGGAAUGCAAAGGAGUUUUUUUUUUUUCUUUUGUUUUAUUUUGGUUUUUUUUGUAAAGCUUAAAAAAAAAUCUACAUCUUAUACUUGAGCUUCCAUACUUAAAAAAAAAAAAGAAAAAACACACACAAAAAAAAUAAAAACAAACUGGGACGCAAA